CUGUGAGGGUCCACGUUUGAAGCUCUGGCGAACGCGGCCUCCGGGGGCGCCAGGCGGCAGCAGCGGUGGCGACCAAACGGGUGUUGGAGUUGGCGGCGGCCAUGGAGGGCCUGGCUGGCUAUGUGUACAAGGCGGCCAGCGAGGGCAAGGUGCUGACCCUGGCCGCCUUGCUGCUCAACCGGUCCGAAAGCGAUAUCCGCUACCUGCUGGGCUAUGUCAGCCAGCAGGGCGGGCAGCGCUCCACGCCCCUCAUCAUCGCGGCCCGCAAUGGGCAUGCCAAGGUGGUCCGCUUGCUGUUAGAACACUACCGAGUGCAGACUCAGCAGACUGGCACCGUCCGCUUCGACGGGUAUGUCAUCGACGGUGCCACUGCACUCUGGUGUGCAGCAGGAGCAGGGCACUUUGAAGUUGUGAAGCUUCUUGUCAGCCACGGAGCCAAUGUGAACCACACCACGGUCACUAACUCAACCCCUCUUCGGGCAGCGUGCUUUGAUGGCAGACUGGACAUUGUGAAGUACUUGGUUGAGAACAAUGCCAACAUCAGCAUUGCCAACAAGUAUGACAACACUUGCCUAAUGAUUGCAGCGUAUAAGGGUCACACCGACGUGGUCCGAUACCUCUUAGAACAACGUGCUGACCCCAAUGCUAAAGCGCACUGUGGAGCCACUGCCCUUCACUUUGCAGCUGAGGCUGGCCACAUCGACAUUGUCAAAGAGCUGAUAAAAUGGCGGGCGGCGAUCGUAGUGAACGGCCACGGGAUGACGCCCCUGAAAGUCGCUGCAGAAAGCUGUAAAGCUGAUGUUGUCGAACUGCUGCUCUCUCACGCUGAUUGCGACCGGAGAAGUCGGAUCGAAGCUUUGGAACUCUUGGGGGCCUCCUUUGCAAACGACCGUGAGAACUAUGACAUCAUGAAGACAUAUCACUAUCUCUAUUUAGCCAUGCUGGAGAGGUUUCAGGAUGGGGACAUCCUUGAGAAAGAGGUUCUACCACCGAUCCACGCCUAUGGGAAUCGAACUGAAUGCAGAAAUCCUCAGGAACUAGAGUCCAUCCGGCAAGACAGAGAUGCUCUUCAUAUGGAAGGUCUGAUCGUCCGGGAGCGGAUUUUAGGUGCCGACAAUAUUGACGUUUCCCAUCCCAUCAUCUACAGGGGGGCCGUCUAUGCGGACAACAUGGAAUUUGAACAGUGCAUCAAGUUGUGGCUCCAUGCACUGCACCUCAGGCAGAAAGGCAACAGGAAUACCCACAAGGAUCUUCUCCGAUUUGCCCAAGUUUUCUCCCAGAUGAUACAUCUGAAUGAAUUUGUGAAGGCCCCCGACAUCGAGUGUGUGCUGAGAUGCAGUGUGUUGGAAAUAGAACAGAGUAUGAACAGAGUGAAGAAUACCCAGGAUGCUGACGUCCACAGCGCCAUGGACAAUUAUGAAUGUAAUCUCUAUACCUUUCUGUAUUUAGUGUGCAUCUCCACCAAAACACAGUGCAGUGAAGAGGAUCAGUGCCGAAUUAACAAGCAGAUCUACAACUUGAUUCACCUGGACCCCAGGACCCGGGAAGGGUUCACCUUGCUCCACCUGGCUGUCAACUCCAACACCCCAGUCGAUGACUUCCACACUAAUGACGUCUGCAGCUUUCCAAAUGCUCUGGUCACCAAGCUCCUGCUGGACUGUGGUGCAGACGUGAACGCCGUGGACAACGAGGGAAACAGCGCCCUUCAUGUCAUCGUGCAGUACAACCGGCCCAUCAGUGAUUUUUUGACCUUGCACUCCAUCAUCAUCAGCCUGGUUGAAGCUGGCGCUCACACCGAUAUGACAAAUAAACAGAACAAAACUCCGCUAGACAAAAGUACAACUGGGGUAUCUGAAAUACUGCUUAAAACUCAAAUGAAGAUGAGUCUCAAGUGCCUGGCUGCCCGAGCAGUUCGGGCUAACGACAUUAACUAUCAAGACCAGAUCCCCAGAACUCUGGAAGAGUUUGUUGGAUUUCAUUAAGUGACUGGAUGUGUGAAAUCGUUUAAUGUGGUGCUAAAAAGUAAAGGACUUUAAUCACAGACACUAGAAUUAUGUGUUCAUCACUUUACUCUCCUUUCCACUGCCCCUCUAACCCAUCCUCUCCACAUGCUCUGUCUGUUUCCUCGCCUCUUCUGGUGAUUAAUUUGAAACACGUCCUGAGCGAAGCCACAUUGAGUAAGUGUGGCUUACAGGUGUUUUUCUUUGUUUUAAAGAGGUGACUAUAAACUAUUUUGUUUAUGUAACAUC